ACAAAAGUGUGGGGUUGGGGUUUGUCUUUGUCUGUCAUGUGCCUCUAAUGAAUUUUUUUCCUGCGCUCCGCUCCUUAGCUUAGCUUAGCUAAACCAUCCUCCGACUCGUCUCGGCUCGACUCGAUUGGAUCCGAUCCAGACAGCAGAGAGCAGACAGUAGUGCAGUAGUAGUAAUGGCGAGCAGCAAGGGGCGCGCGGCGGAGCAGCAGCAGGCGUACAUCCGGAAGCGGGCGAGCGGGCGGACGAACCUGGCGUCGUGCGUGGUGGCCAGCGUGUUCCUAAGCUUCCUGGUGAUCGUGGCCUUCAUCGUCUACUUCACCCUCUUCAAGCCGCGGGACCCCAACCUGGCCGUCAACGCCGUCCAGCUGCCGGCCUUCUCGUUCUCCGCCGCCAACUCCACCGUAAGCUUCACCUUCUCGCAGUACGUCACGGUGUCCAACCCCAACCGUGCCGUCUUCACCCACUACGACAGCUCCCUGCAACUCCUCCACGCCGGCCGCCAGGUAGGCUUCAUGUUCAUCCCCGCCGGCAAGAUCGCCGCCGGAAGGACUCAGUACAUGGCGGCCACCUUCUCUGUGCAGUCGUUCCCGAUUCAGUUGGCCCCGCACGCCGACGCCGAGGAGCAAGGAAUCAGCAGCGGCAGCGUGGCGCCGAACAUAACGGAUGGGGUCGGGGGCCUCAGCCGGGUGGGGCCGAGCAUGGAGGUGGAGUCGAGGCUGGAGAUGGCGGGGCGGGUGCGGGUGCUGCAUUUCUUCACGCACCACGUGGAGGCCCGGGCGGACUGCCGGGUCUCCGUCUCUUUCUCCGAUGGAUCUGUGUUGGGGUUCCAUUGUUAGAUUCAUCGUUUUACUAAUUUGCUCCAUUGAAUUAAUUAAUUGCUAUUAUUAUUAUUAUUACUAUAAAUGUUUUUGCUUCCUUGGAGUAGUGAUUAUUUAUUAGUUGAUGAUGAUCAAACUGUCUUGUCUUGUCCGGUGGUACCGCCGGGCUACAGCGAUGCCUCCCUCAGCUCCGGCUCAGGCUCAGCUGAUCUCAUCUUCUAGCUAAUUAAUUUCCUUUGUGUAACUCCAACUGUGUAUAAAAAGAGCUGAAUUUGGGGCU